AUUGACUACAGCGGUAUGAAACGCCGACAGGGGUCCCCGUUGAAUUCUUGCUCCCGAGAAACCCUUGGGAUGCCUUGAGGGCUUCCUUUGGAAAUUGUCACAUCGCAAAUCUAACAUCAUGGGUUUCCCUUUUGUUUGUCGAAACGAAUGUGACGGGGGCUCUUAGACAACGGAGAAAUUCAAGACAAGUGAUAUUGACUCAUCUAUUUAGUUCCUCUGUGAUUCGGAGAGAUCCCUGCAUGAUUAGGCGUGUGGACAGAAGGAGCACGGAGGCACGGGGAGAAAAAGAGGGGGAAACCACUAGGCUCCUCCUUUUCGUGGGAGGAUGGUGAAUAUCUAAUGCUCUUUAUUUUGGUCAGGUUUGCACUUCUUGCAUGCAUCCCAUUGCAUUGUGCAAGGCGUUUACGUGCACCAGCUGUAGGAAUUUUUACGCUGGGGAGUGCGCACCUUGGAAAGUCUGACAGGGAAAGACGAAGGAUUUGAUGAAGAAAUCUCCUGGAAAUGGCACCGAUAUAGUGAUAACGUAAAGUGUUCAUAGGCACGUCUUUCUCUAAGAGCCGGACUCACGACUGUCGGGCUUGCAUACAUCACACGUAGUGAAGCCGAGGGAUUGCUCAGAGCCUUCCGUCAAAAUGGGCUUCCGGUCUGCUGUGGACAGCGUGGUGCGCCGCUUGGUGCGGGUCAAGUCCCUUGACAUCUCCGGCAUGAACAUCCGCCGCGAUUCAGUGCCCGGGAAGUUGUCCAAGUGUCUGUCGACCCUGGAUCUCGUCUCCCUUGGGGUGGGGAGCUGCAUGGGGACAGGCAUGUAUGUGGUCUCAGGUCUGGUCGCGAGGGAGAUGGCCGGGCCAGGUGUUAUUCUGUCUUUCAUUGUUGCAGCUUUAGCGUCUAUUUUAUCAGGUGUUUGCUAUGGCGAAUUCGGAGUAAGAGUGCCAAAGACAACGGGAUCAGCCUACAUGUACAGCUACGUCACAGUUGGAGAGUUCACGGCCUUCGUGAUUGGCUGGAAUCUGAUCCUGGAGUAUUUGAUUGGCACGGCGGCCGGCGCAAGCGCACUCAGCAGCUGUCUGGAUUCACUUUUCACCAACAAAAUAAGCGAGUUUAUGAUGGACCAUGUGGGAGGUUUCGGCAUCCACACCGAAACCUAUCCAGAUCUAGUUGCCAUGGUAAUCGCCAUCAUCAUGACCUUGAUCGUGACGGCAGGGGUCAAGAAGUCGGUGGCCUUCAACAACAUCUUGAACGCCAUCAAUUUGGCCGUGUGGGUCUUCAUGAUCGCUGGAGGGCUCUUCUUUCUAAAUGGAAACAACUGGAGCGAGAAUGGAUUCCUCCCGUUUGGCUUCUCUGGGGUAAUGACCGGUGCAGCCACGUGCUUCUAUGCUUUCAUCGGGUUUGACAUCAUUGCAACGACAGGAGAGGAGGCUAGAAAUCCAGCCAAGGCAAUCCCAACAGCCAUUUUGCUCUCAUUGCUUAUCUGCCUCGUGGGUUACGUCUCGGUGAGUUUUGUACUGACUCUGGCCGUUCCGUACUACGACAUCGGCCGAGAGGCACCGCUGAUGGACAUGUUCGUCCAGAACCACGCCGAACCCGGCAAAUACUUCGUGGCUGUUGGCUCUAUCGCUGGCCUGACGGUCAGUCUGCUUGGGUCACUAUUCCCCAUGCCGAGGGUCAUCUACGCAAUGUCCACUGAUGGCUUGCUGUUCAGGUUUUUGGCUCGAGUUAACAAAGUCACCCAAACGCCUGCUGUUGCCACGGUCAUUGGUGGUUUUCUGGCCGCUAUCUUGGCCCUAAUGGUGAGCUUGGCGGACCUGAUAGAAAUGAUGUCCAUAGGUACACUCCUAGCUUACACCCUGGUGUCCAUGUGCGUCCUUAUUCUCCGUUACCAACCCCACUUGGAUCUGGAGCGAGGUAUGAACGAAGGUCUGCCUUAUGACACCUUCGAGAACGAGGAUGAUGAAGAUGACGUCACCACCGAGGGGUCGGUGGAGGAGACAUUGGAGACGAAGCCAACUUUGGAAGAGGCGGGUCCUGAGCAGCUUCUACCGAAACUCCCAAGCCUUGAUCCCGCCACCCGCAGCUACGGAGCCGUAGACGGCGAUCCGGAAGCGGAUUCCUUCCGGAAUUACAACAAGUGGCAGUUCUACAAGUCGCGGGCGCGCGAGUUUCUCUACGACCGCUACCAAAGGCUACGGGUCUUCCUCCGUCUUCCAGACAAAUCUGUGCUCCCCACCAGCGCCACUGGCAGCGUGGUCACCAUGGCAACGAUAGGUCUCUUCUUCUCCCUCUUCAUCCUCAACGCCAUCAUCAUCUACGGUCGGCAGUUUCUCAGCCAGUGGUGGUUGAUCAUCAUAUUCCUGGUGGUGCUAGCCGGCGUGUUUGGCUUAAUACUGAAGAUUGUUCAGCAGCCCCAGAAUCCAGACAAGCUGCCGUUCAUGGCGCCCUGCGUCCCCUUGCUGCCCUUCUGCGCCAUCUUUGUCAACGUGUUUCUGAUGCUGAAGUUGUCACCACUCACGUGGGUGCGUUUCGUCAUAUGGAUGGCAGCCGGCCUCAUAAUCUAUUUUGGGUACGGAAUAUGGAAUAGCAGCAUUGAAGCUAGACACCAUGACGUCAGUAGGAGAACAACUGAAGGGAAAGAGGCAAUCAUAAUGGACGCCAAGGGUGUCGAGAUGCCGACUGAAACCAGUAUGGUGCCUGCCCACGCCAAGAGCGUCCCGAAACCUGAGGAAGACAGGGAGCCAGUUGCCGAUUUAGAGUCUGACUAGGGGAAGUAGAGGCGUAUUCGAAAUGAAUUAUAAUAAACCCCAUAACAUAAAACUGGGGUUAUCAAGACAGUGGAAAUUAGAUUGGUUAAAAGUGCGAAUUAACCUCUUGCCUCACACAAUGAUCGAUCACCAAAAGUCGAUGAUCGGAUGUUACUAGAGAGCGCCAUGCCUCCAUUGAUUGCAUUCCCAAAAUAUUAUCCUGACAUACCAAGAGAUAAGGUAAUAAUACUUCGACAGUCGUAAGCCAGAUGAGUCGAAGAGGUCAGUAUCAAUUCGCAUUCUGUGUUUAAAGUGACUAAGUUUUUAAAGUUUGUAUCCGAGAUGUUGUUUUGAUGGGGUCUAGGUUCUUCUAUUGCACUCUGAGAUUUUUCGAAAUAGAUGAACGAUAACAAAGGAAAAAUCCACAUGUAAUUAUGCAUAAAAAAUGAGCCUGGAACGUUAAUAAUCAUUACGAAACCACGACGAAAACGGGUACCGUAGAUAUAUUCAGACUUUAUUAAACAAGGCUUGUAUGGGACGUGCUGUAAGAAAGUUGAGGGCGCCACGCCUAACCAGUUGUCAGCUGUCAUUUUGUAUCAGCAAAUGAAACCAGUCGAAGCAGAUCUGCAGGCAAUGAAUGUCAACGGUAUUGGCCCCAUGGGGAAACCUUGCCAAGUUUUUCAAAAAAGUAUAGUGACUGAUGGUACAACUUACAGAAAGAGGUGAGUACAGGUUGCAGACGCACAAUUUUCCUCAUGUAAUCACAACAUAAUUGCUUGACCACCGAUAAUGCGCGGGAACAUUGAGUGUGGAACGCAGGGGCGGUACAAAUUCGUCAAACCCCCGACAGCCAAAGUUAUAACUAACAAAAUCCUUGUUACUACGCAACCAUGCUCGUCUGGAAAAAGUCCCAAUCAAAAUUUGGUUAGUAUAACUCAGACUUAGCGCAUUUGCCUAUAUUGCCGAUGCAUAAGGGUUUUCCCACGCGUAGUACAUGUGACUAUAAGCUCGAAUCCUCGCUGCAUAAAUAAAUAUAUAGGCCCUACCUGUUCUGUAUCUCUUGCGUCCAUGCUGCACGACUUUUUUUGUAGAGAUGAGGCGUUUCCAUCCGAGGUGUUCAGCAGUUUUUCAAGCCAUCUAAAUCCAACGUGGCUUGGAGAAUACCAUAUGAGGCACUUGAGGUGGUUAUUAAUAGGUCCAGAAAAUAUUCCAAAUUGUUCGUGAUAGUACUUCGUGCAAUAUUGUUGACAAAAUAGCAAGACAGUAGGAAUAUUCUAUUUAGGUAUAUUGAAUCUCAUAUAAAUUUUGUCAGUGUAUAUAUAGCUUACAAUUGUACUUGGUGUUGAAAAUAUUGCUGCAGUCUAUGAUGUACCCUAUAGAGUACCGAAGUGGCUACGUCACGCGCACAAUUAGUGUGUAAAAGGCAUUAGCGCAUGAACCAGUGCGUGAA